UCAAAACCAUCAUCGUUAGCAUCCUUCAGGAGCGCACGGGAGAGCUAGGUGACACGACGUCUUCCCGUACCGGAAGGCAUCAACAGUGGAGGUGCCCCCGAUAUCACCGGGCACCCGUUCGGUGCGAUGGAGCUGAAGGUAUGGGUCGAAGGAAUACAACGAAUCGUGUGCGGAGUCACGGAAGUCACCACGUGUCAGGAUGUCGUGUUUGCAUUGGCACACGCCACCGGCAAAACGGGACGCUUCACGCUUAUCGAACGAUGGCGCAAUAACGAGCGUCUGCUGGCACCACAUGAGAACCCGCUCAAGAUCCUUAUGAAAUGGGGCGAAUACUCAAGUGAUGUGCAGUUCAUCCUGCAACGAUCCGAUCAGCAGCAGCAGCAACAACAACAACAACAGAAGAAAGAUGUCCAACAGCAGCAACAACAUCAAACGCUACCAUUAACGCAGGCUCCGCAGUCCCAGCAGCAGCUACUUCGCCAGCAGCAAAAGCUAAAUCAGCUCAACAACAAUCAUAUCGGUGCGAACGGCACUGUUACGAAUGGGAAGCAUGGCGUACCGACGUCACCCACAAGCCCCAACGGCAACAAUAAUGCCGGCCCCAUCAUCCCGAACGGUGUCGUGAGUACACAAAACCAUAUCAACAACAAUAACAAUAUUGGCAGUCAGCACUAUGCGCACCAUCCGAGCAAUGUUGGUGACGAGCAGCAUCAGCCGCAGCAUGUAAAAAGCAAACUUCAUCAAAACAAUCUAAAAAAUAGCGCCAACAACCAACUUCAUCUACACGUGCAUCACCAGCAGCAGCAACACCUCCAUCAGCACCAGCUAUCCUCGGCAUCGUCCACCUCGUCCGACCACCAGCAUCGGCCACAUCAGCAGUCGAACGGCGUCGGUGCGUUAAUUCGAACCGGAAAUGAUCCUUCAAACGGUUCGGCGGGCAGCGUUGGUGGUGGCCCGGGCGCGGCGGCAACGGUAAAGCAAUCGGAAUUGAUCAUCUCAAGCAGCAAUGGUAGCAGUACUACGGGCGGAGCCCUCGAGCGUGGCAAGGAAACGAGAAAAAGUCUCAAUUCGUCCGGUUCGAGUGGAAAGACGGAACAGCAUCAUCACCAUCAACAUCCCCAGCACCAGCAGCAUCAGCAGCACCAUCAGCAAUCUCAGAAGCAUCAAGCGCAGACGAACCAGCAGACCCAAAACGUUGGCAUCGUGCGGGGCAUUGUCCAGCACCAGCAAAAGUUCAACCACGUACAGCGCCAUUCGCCCAGCUCGACGACCGUUACGCUGGCGAAGGGUGGCGUCUCCACCACGGUGACCACCACUAGUGACCACAGCAGCAGCAGCAACAGUAGCACCAGCAGCAGUGUGAGCAGUACCGCCAGCUCGAGCUCGAAUGCAUCGUCCAACAACACCAGCACGAGUAGCGGGAUCGGCAGUGGUGCAUCCGCAUCCAGUAGUAGCCAUCAUCAUUCAACGCAACAGCAGCAGCAGCAGCAGCAGCAGUCAUCACCAGCGGGCCCGACGACGGCAUCCGCCGUGGAGGCAACGUAUGCCAGCGUCAUCAAGAAACCUAAAUCACACACAACAGCAACAACGGCGGCGGCGAAUGCGGGCAACAGCAACAACAAUGCCGCCGGCUCCACGAAUGCCGGUAACAAUGUGGUUGGCGAAUUUAAUGCAGCUGAUUUGCGCAGUUCGCUCGACCGCAAGGUAAACGGGCUCAUGUUUAGUAACGGGUUGAACGAGCGCGUAACGCAUCCACCGUCGUCGACAUCACCUUCCGGUGCCGGGCCACAGCAACCGACUGCCGCGAGCGUUAUCGUUGGCGCUACACUCAAACCUGACCAUCAUCUGCUGCAACACCAUCACCAUCACGGUACGAUGGGACGGCAUUAUCACCAUACCCAGCUUCAGAAUCUGCUCUGCACGGACAAUCAGAACCAGCUGGACACGAGCAGUGUCAGCAGUAUCAGCAGCUCGAGCGUCGGUGGAGGCAACAACUCUGGCAAUCAUCUGUCUUUGCUGAACGGUAGUAGCUCCACGACCAAUUCGCCCAUCACGGGCAUCUCCUCGAAUGGGGCGUUAGUGCCUCCGCCGUACCGGGAUCCACCACCGCCGCGGAACAGUCCCCUCUCGCACACGCUUACCAGUCUUAGCAGUACCGGCAGUGGUACGGGAAGCAGUACCCAGGGCAGACGGCAGGAGAGCAGUAACCUUACCGGUGGAUCCUCGUCGGCAUCUUCAACCGUCUCGUCACUGGUGGUGGUAGGUGCCAGCGGGACGGAAGAGAUACUGGUGGGUGGUGGUAGCGGACCCGUGGACAACAGUAUACCGCACGUGACGGGCUAUCGGGAGCUGAUGCAGCUUAUCAAGUUACAGCGCGAGAAAAUCAAUACCCAGCAGGCGGAUCUGUCGAAGUACGAUACGGAGAUCGUGUACUUGGAGAACCGGAGCCGUGAGCAGACCGAUCAGCUCGAUGCGAUCGCGCAGGAGAUCAGCAAAACGGAGCAACAGUACCGGCAGACGGGCGAUCAGCUACAGGCCUAUCAGUACGUGGAGGAGGAGAGCGAACUCGUCCGGCAGCAGGAGAAAACGCUCAAGUCGGAAAUUACGCUGCUGCGUUCGAAGCUGGCCAACUGUGAGACGGAGCUGCUGCAGUGCAAGAACAAGAUCCGGCUGCUGAUGGACGAGAUACUGGUGGAGCAGCGCAAGUAUAGCCGACAGUACGAUCCGAACCGACAACAGCUGUUGGAGCGUGCUCUAAUGUGUGAAGUUGACAGGCUGCAGGUGGAGAUCGACCUGGCGGUCCAGAGCGCGGACCAGGCGAACAAGGCGCACGAGAAGCUGAAGGGCGAGGUGACACUGCUCGAGGGCGCCAUCACGGACAAGAAGAAGCAGGUCGAGAAGCUGGUGCACGAGAUGAAGGAGGUCAAUCUGCAGAGUUUGGCGGUGGUACCGCCGGCGGACGAGGUGCGCCACUUGCUGGAAGGUGAGUCCGCCGACUUUGGCUCGGUAAAACCGGGCAGUACGCGACGCAUGAUUGGAUCCCCGCGGCAGCUGGAAAAUGCGGUUCCGACAAGCAAAAAUCCGCACGGCGUAUGGGUUUAA